UGAAACACAAAAGAAACGCGCGGGGAGUGUCAGAAAAAAAAUCUGUUCUGUUUUUUUCGUGGCACAAAAAAAUGGGUUUGGAAUGCAAAAUAGUGAUAAAGUGCGUGUAAAAUCAGCCAGAGAAGUGCCAGUGCAGCAAUUGGGAUUGUUUGUGCCUAUGUGGAGUGUGCCAGUGAUCGAGGAAAUUGAGUGGUAAAACAUCCAUUUUCUUUUUUUUUGCUGCUGCUUGCUCCACUCAAUCAAAAUCAAAAUAGAGCGAACGGGCUGAGAGAGAGGAGAAAAAAAAAGCCAAAACAGGCACAAAGUUCAAUAAAACUGCGAUACCCAUUGGUGUGGAGGAGCUGCCGUGGGUGCUGGAGUACUUGGGGACACACAGUGUAAAGACGGGCUGACGGAACGGGUGCUGCGGAUGGGCAGGAAAUGUGAGACGAAUUCGUGCUGAAAAACGGGGUGUGGAGACGCAAGCGGAGGCCCACAUUCCAUUACAUUUAUUCAGCCACAGCGCGCUUUUCACUCGCGAAGCAGCCGCGAAAGACAAGACCAUAACUUUGGGGGACUCUCGGCGACUUUCUCGCACUAAAAGAGGUCUACCCGUGUGUGUGCCCCCGUGUAGAGGCCGUGGAAAUCCCCGUAUUUGUGUGGAAAAGUUGCGUGUUGCGGGAGUUUAGUGUGAAGGUGAAGUUUUUCUUCGUGUGGCGACUUUUCAACAAACCUCCAACGUCCAAAGGGGGCAAAGCGCGAAAAAAACGUCCAGCUGAAAAUUGGGGCACUCUCGCCUUUGGGGAUUUUGGGUGUGUGCGUGCGUGUUGGCUCCACCACACGAAAGCACAGAGAAUAGAAGAAGAAUAAUAAAAAAAAAACAUGACAAACGACCUCCCACACAUAGCCCCAUAAUUGCAAACUUGUCCGCUAAUCCAUUCCAGGACUAGACACGUCACGUAGUCCACGAAAAAACGCAGCUAAAGAGCGCCCCCCGUGUGUGAAGUUGAGUGGUGAGUUGUGUGUAGUCCGGAAGUGCUAAUGGUGUGUCCGGAAAGAUGAAUACCGUGCUGUCAGCAUUCAAGAGUGGUAGCAAAUGUGACGGGAAUCGCGCAAAACCACCCACAAAGUCCGGCAAUAAGAAGGCAGACAUCGUGGACAGUAGUGACUACGAGAGCCUCAGGCGAAUCCGGGAGAUUAGUGCCAAUACCAAGAUGAGCAUUGCCGAUGACGAAGUGGACGGUGCUGUGGUCUUCCCGCGUCCACCUCAGCCAAUAGCAGGGCGUUCCAGUACAGCGUCCGUCGAUGGGAGCGAUGAGAAGCCCACGCGUCGUGAUGUCUUCUCCCUGCCAGCUGUGCACGGCCGGAAGGCAGCCGAUGGCAAGGGGCGAAUGUCGACACACCAAAGAAAUCUCAGUCUUGACUUUAGAUCAAUGGGAAUUCUCCUGCCACCCGUCUCCCAAGUCACCAAGUCCACAUCACGGAAAAUUGUCACGCAGCACCAUCGCAAUCGGAGUCUGGACAGUGUCCUUCAGCGCAUUCCCGAGGUUGAAGUUUCCUCACCUAGUGCAGAAUCUGAGAAUAUUCUCUGCACCCAUGCAAUUCUCAGUGCCACCACGAAGCCAUCGUCAGCGGGAAUGGUGGAGAGUGUGCCUGACAGUGGUGUGGAGGGUGCGGGACAGAAGCAACUUGCAGUGGUGGCUGCGUCAAGUGCAGGAGGUACCAAAGUCAGUGCUGAUGGGAGUCAGAAGAAGAAGGAUGAUCUCACGAGUUUGGGAUCAGAUGAUUCGGGAAUAAUCUGUGGAUCAGAGCCCGAUCAGCAGACGUCGUUGUUGUCCAAAGUGGCAUCGGGGCAGAGUCAUGAGAGUCUCGAUUCGGGUGGAGUACCCGAUCCACUGGAGCUCGUAGACUACGACAAGGGUGACAAGACCCCAGUGGUGACACCACCAGCUGAACCACAGAAGACGAGCAGCAGAAAUUAUCUCAUAAAUACUCUAACACGAAAGGGUGGGGAUGGGCAAAAACUCAAGAGUGUGGCAAUUGAUCUCGAUGCCCCGGAUGUUGAUGAGGUUGAUGCCACAAAGGGGCCCGAAUGUAAAUCUCCGGGGGAUAAUUUGAAGAAUGAAUUAAUCUUCAAGAGUUUCUUCGGUGCAACGCGCAAUGUUAUCUUCCGGACAGCACAGAGUAUCAUUGAUAAUCACGAGAAGAAGAAUAAGGAGGAUCAGGGGCAACCGCCAAAGCCACGAAAGGAUUUCCUCCUUCUCAAAUCAACGUCCAGCCGGAAGAAGGCAACAACAUCCCCGGAAUGUUUAUCACCCGAAGUGGAGGAGAAAUCUCAGCAUAAUUCCAUCUUCUCAUUGCGCACGAAGAGUAAGGGUAAAGUACCCGGUGUGGCGCAAUGUUAUGUGCACGAGGAGAAAAAGGAAUUGACACAGGGUGCCGUCAUGAGUACAAGUCGCAAAGGACACAACGGCUUAUUGCGCUUCUUUGAAUCUCCCGUCUUUAACAUUCACUUUGCCGUACACUAUCUCUUCUAUUCCAAAGAACCUGGCGUCUUGAGCUUCAUUGGGAACAAAAUAUUCAGCUUUACGGACACCGAGGUUGACCUGUACAUUCCACAAUUGAUCUUGAUGUACAUUCAAAUAGACGAACUGGCUGAAGUUCUCGAUCCCUAUUUGGUGUACCGAUGUCGCAAGAGUGCAGAUUUCUCCAUUAAGUGUUCAUGGCUCCUCGAGGCGUACAACUACAACGUUGACGCGGGCAAUGGGAGUGGUGCAAAUUCGGCAAAGUUGUCUCAGUUGUUCCUCCUGAAGGAGCUGUAUCCGAAGAAGGAGCGCAGACAGAGGAAAUUUGAUGCCAAUGAGGUGGUGUACGAUGAAGAGGUGCUCUCACCGACAAAGAAAACACAUCACAGAUCCCAAUCAGAUGCCACGGGUUUGAUUCACGAUUCCCGGAAGCGACCACCACUGACACUGGCGAAUUUCUCACUGUCGCACCUGUCAUUGGGUGACCUCACAACGGGUAGGGCAUUCGACAAUGGGUGCAUUUGCUUUGAAAGUGUCCGGGGGACGGUGAAUAAUUUGCGAGGGCAUAAAACUCUGUGUGUGUGUGGGGCACCAAAGCUCCUGGCACAGCGGGAAUUUAUGAAGACGCUCAUUGAGAUUGGGCGUCAGCUGACAAGCUUGCCAACAAAGAGUGAGAAGACCACUCAGCUCCGUAUGUCACUGAAUUCAGUGAAUAAAAAUCUUCCAGCUCGUGUCUGGCUUCCACUUCACACGGAGAUUCCGCAUCAUGUUGUGCGGAUAACGGAGGACAAGACUGCUGUGCUCAAUUCCAAAGAUAAAACACCCUACAUUAUCUACGUUGAGGUGGUGGAAGUUGAUGAUAUCUACACAUGUCCCGUCAUACCAAAGAUGAUGCCAACACUACGCCAUACGAGGAGUGUUGAACAUUUGGAAUCUUCCACAAAUCACGUAUCGCACCUGGACACGGGUGUGAGUGCAACGAAUCCCAAACUUCAAGUUCCCCCACGUGUACGGACUGUCCAUCAGCUGUCGCUGUCAAAUUCAUCCGAUGCCGGUGGGGGAUGUGGGGAGAAGGUUUCCGAAUCAACGACUUCCUCAAGUACAGACGCCCCGGAUUCGGGUUGUGUGGCAACAGCAACGGAUUUGGGGAGUGUGGAGAAGAUUGAAAUUACAGAGGAUGAUGUUUGGUCGCAGGAGGAUGAUGAGAUAACAGCGCAGUAUUUGAAUAUGCACAAAUUAAGUGAGAGGGAUACCCUUUCGCAGAUGUCUCUUGAAUCCUGUGACUCCAGGGAACAAAGUGUUCCAGCACUCUUCAAUAUUGGAGACGUCCGGACGCGACAUUGUGCCAAUUUGAACAAUGAAAAUGCCAAACCAUUUAGCAAUGAUCCCGAAGAUCCAUCAGCAGCGGCUUUAAAGGAACCGUGGCAUGAGAAGGAGAAAUUGAUCAGAGAAACUUCCCCGUAUGGUCAUCUGUCCAACUGGAGACUUCUAUCGGCUAUUGUUAAGUGCGGUGAUGAUCUUCGACAAGAACUUAUGGCAACACAAUUACUUCAGAUGUUCAAACUAAUAUGGCAAGAGGAGCAAGUAGAUCUGUGGGUGCGUCCAUAUAAAAUAGUCUGCCUAUCAAAUGAUUCGGGGCUCAUUGAGCCAAUUCCCAAUACGGUGUCUCUGCAUCAAAUAAAGAAGAAUUCCAAUAAGAGUCUCCGGGAUUAUUUUAUCGAUGAACACGGGGAUCCGGAUGAGGGACGCUUCAAACGGGCUCAGAGGAAUUUUAUGCAUAGUUGUGCUGCUUAUUGCUUAAUUUCCUACCUGCUGCAGGUUAAGGAUCGGCACAACGGGAAUAUUUUGCUGCACUCAGAUGGUCAUCUCAUUCACAUUGAUUUUGGCUUCAUCCUGAAUAUUUCCCCAAAGAAUUUGGGCUUUGAGCAGUCACCGUUCAAGCUAACGCCGGAAUUUGUGGAUGUAAUGGGUGGCGUCAAUUCGGCACUGUGGCAGGAAUUUAAGCAUCUUCUGCUGAAGGGUCUCCUGGCUGCUCGGAAGCAUCAAGAUAGAAUCAUCAAUAUUGUUGAGAUUAUGAGGAGUUGCUCUCAGCUUCCUUGCUUCAAGAAUGGUUGCUCAGGAACUGUGCGCAACUUGCGAAAUCGUUUUCAUAUGAGUCUCACGGAGCAAGAAUUGGAUAGGAAGGUGGAUCAAUUGAUUCAAGAUUCCCUCAAUUCACUCUCAACUAAACUCUACGAUGGCUACCAAUAUUUAACCAAUGGGAUUUUGUGAGAACGAUUUUAUAUGAUAAUUUAAGAUGAAAAAAUUAAGUGAGAUGAAGAAAAUGCAAAAAUUCUACAUACAUUACACUAAAAAAAAACGAUUUAGGGUAAGUUUUUAUCUUUUCUCUCUUUAUUAUUAAAAACAAAAAAACAACAAAAACUUUUUAAUUAAAGAAAAAUGCAAAUAAUCUUUAACAAGAGCAUGAAAACUUGUUGAAAAAAAAAUGGAUGGUGGAAAUAUUACUAUUCGUACAUUACAAAGAAGUAAGUUUGAAAAGGUUUGCGGGGAUGAUUAAAAAAGAAAAGAAAAGAAGGAUCAAGAAGAAAAAACUUUAUAUAUAUUAUAAAUAUUACGUCCAUUUUUUCUAUAUACAUUAAAAAAAAACAUUUAAUCUUACAAAUCAUAAAAAAAUAAAUUAGCUACUUUGGAUUUUUAGUAAAAGAAAAAGCGAAAACAUUAAAAGGAUUUUCUCUCUAUGAGAAAAGAAAGGAAUUUUUGGGAAAAUUAUCUCCUUAAAUAAAAAAGAAAAACUGAUAAAUCCACUAAAGAUAUUAUUAAAUUAAAAGAAAAAAAAUUAAAUGUGAGACCACAAUUAAUUAUGAUUAUUAAAAAAAAAAAGAAAAAAGUCGGUAGAAAUAUAAAUAAUAAAUAAAAGAAAAUAUUUAGUUAAGUGCUGGAUAAUCAAAUCAUACAAUUUACUGAUAGAACUUAUUAUUAAAUAUAUAUUAAAUAAUAUUUUAAAUUGUAAAAUCUGUAUAUUCGUUAUAUACUUUACAAGAUAAAUAAAAAGUUGUGGGAAAUGCAAAUUAGACUAAAAACAAAAAAUUGAAAGAUUGCGAGAAAUGCUAAGAAAAUAAAGAGAAAAAAAUGAGGCAGAAAACGGUCAACGUGAAUUGAAGCAUUAUUUAUUAAAUAUUAUUCUACGAUGAAAAAUGUUCUCCUUUUUAUAUAACAGGUAUAUAAUAAAUAUAAAAUAAAAAUAAAACAUUUGUAUGAUGUACCUCCUUAUAUACCUACAUUCAUAAAAUUGAUAGAGGCAAAUCAACUCUGUAUCCGUACUGAUGGAGAAAGUUCAUAAAUAAUCAUAAAUGGAAAGAAAUUUAAAAUAAAAUGAAAUCAUUAAUCGCGUCAAAGAAAUUUAUCAUACAGUGUGGGGCAAGAAAAUAGAGCCAUCUCUCAAUUGCAAUGCAUUUUAUUUUGAAAGAGAAGAAUUUAAUUAAAAGAAAAUUAAGUUAAAUUAUAAAAUUUUAAUAAUUAUUUAUUAAAUAAAAAAAAAAACAGAAAAUCUUCCAUUUCCUUUUAAAAAAAACAGAAAUGCGUAAAAAAGAUGAAUUUCUGGGCUUCCAGACAAAUUUUCACAAAGUUUCUAACCCCUUUUUUGGGCAUUGUAAAAGUUCAUUGUCAUCGUUCUUUUAAUUUUUCAAAUUCUCAAGACGUUUUUUGAUAUAAAAAAAAACUGUUUCAAUUUUCAGAAAAGCAUAAAUAAACCUUUUCUUAAUUUCCAAAAACUGAAGUAAUGCAAGAGCUUUCUAAUGAAUAAUGAAUUAAGGAAAAGUUUGAUGGACAGAUCGUUUCCCCUUAGCAGGUUGAACACUGUGUCAUCCCGAAUAAGGCCACUAAGUUAGUUUUUUUUUAUACAAACAUUGAUCUCUAAAUCAUUCCAAACAACCUAUAUUGAAAAUAAUUUACCCGCUAAAAGUUUUAAAGGGGAUGGCUCCAUUCACUUGAUCACCACUAUAACUCACAUUAAAAUCAUCAUAACUUGUAAUAAUGAAUAUAUUUGUGUGUAAAACUUUAAGAUAAUAUCAAAGUGUUUCUUUUUUUAUUUAAAUUCAAAAUACUAAAUUGAGCAACUCAAAUUUCAUUUAAAAAGAAUAAAUUUUCUUUAAAAUAAAAAUUAUCAGAAAAUAAAACUUAACUACAAAAGGAAUGAAAGAGAAAUGAAAUAAAAAAAUAUAAAUCUUGUUGAAGUGAAGAUGAUGAGGAAAAAAAACAAUUUUAGCUAAUGUCGCGUUUGUUAAUAAAAAAAUAAAAAAUAAAUAAAAGAGAAAUAUUAAAAAAAAAUCUAAAACAUAAAAGAAAUUAUCCGCUAAUUUUAUGAAUUGAAGUGAAAGCUUGAAAGCAACAAAAAAUUUCACUAAAUAUUCGAAACACCACCGAUUUUUACUCUGUGUGUGUGAUAUGCUCUAACUCUUUCUUUUUUUUUGUAUAAAUUUUCUUUGGCUGAAUGCUAAAAAACUAAAAUGAAGUUUUAGAAGGAAAACAAAAGCACUGAAAGUCCUUCAAGUUGAGGAUAUCAAAUGAAAAAAAAAAUUAAAAAGGAAUCACAAUGUUUGAAUUUUUGCUCUAGCAAUUUGUGCUCCUUAGAAUUAAUUUCUCAGCAAUAUUUUUGUCGAUUUAAAUUCUUUUUUUUUAAAUAUUUUAUUAAGGAUAAAAUCUUAAUGUAAUGAAGGCAAAAAGAAAUCGAGGAAGAAACUGACGAUAGAUUUUCUCAAUAAAAUCUUAUUUUAUAUUAUGUA